GGAUUCCUCGGACAAUUCCGCCAUAUCGGCGAUCGUCUCUCGGGUGUAUUUGGUGGAAGGAUAUGUCUAACGCCUCUAGGCGGAAGAUAUUACAUCGAAAAUAUAGUUCUCACAACAACAACAAUGGCGUCGUUUGAACAUUGCGUGAAAGUGUCAUUGACGAAAUUGAAAGCUAACAUUGAGCUUAAGCAGCAACAGCUAGAUGUUCUUCAAGCUGUGUUCGAUGGAAAAGACACAAUAGCAGUCCUACCAACUGGUUUUGGUAAAAGUUUGCUGUUCCAGAUGCUCCCAUAUUUGAUGGCAGAGAAGUUCGGAAAGUCAAAGCCUAUGAUAGUUAUUGUCAUUGCACCAAUCAAUGCAAUAAUGGAAGAACAGGUGCGGGAGUUGCGUGCCAAAGGGAUCAUGGCAUGUUCCUUAUCAUACAGUGGUUCUGGAGCGACAACUUUUGAUGCUGAAGAAGACAUGGAAGACACGGAUUGCGAUGACAAGGUGAUUCUUCCUAAAGAAGUCACAAUGAAGGAACUGAUGGAUGGAAAAUACCACAUCAUCUAUACACACCCAGAGUGUUUGUUCCAAAGCAAAGCCAUUGCCAAGAUGAUCAGAUCAAAGAAUUACCAAGAGCACCUUUGCGGCAUUGUUAUUGAUGAGGUCCACAUGAUAUUGGAAUGGGGACCAGAAUUUAGACCUAAAUUUGAAAGGUUGGGAGAAUUGACCUGCCUACACCCACAGAUUGCCCAUGUGGCCCUAACAGCAACAGCUAAACCAGAAAGUAUUAAUACCCUAGCACAGUCGCUAAUGUAUAAAAAUGUUACUGUUGUUGCUGUUAAUCCAGACCGGCCAAACAUCUUCAUUGAUGUAAGGAAUAGACCUCCAAAUAUUAGGAAAGUGGAGAAAUAUAAUUCCUUUAUUGAACCUUUAGCUCAUGAACUGGACAAUAAAAUGGAAAAAUUCCCAUUAACAAUAGCUUAUAUUGAAAAUCUUGAGGCGCUGGGCUAUUGUUAUCAAGUAUUGAACAGUACAUUAAAGGAAAAACAGUAUAAUGGUAAAGAGCACAUACCCGAAAAUCGAUUGUUUGCGCAAUUUCAUACUGAUUACACAGCAGACAUGAAAAAGCAUAUUAUUACAGACCUGUGUAAAAGAACUCCAACCACACGCCUCAUUUUGGCAACAGUGGCCUUGGGAAUGGGGUUAAAUGCUCCUUCUGUUGAGAGAGUUAUGCAUAUGAGGCCUCCAGUUUGUCUUGAAAACUAUCUGCAAGAAAUAGGAAGGGCAGGCCGUACCGGACAACAGUCCUCAGCUGUGCUAUUUUUUAAUAAUAGUGAUAUUGCAUCUAAUAGAAAAGGAAUGACCAAAGAAAUGGUUGAUUUUUGUCAAAACACUGAAACAUGUCUUCGACUUCAGUUGGUGAAAUAUUUUGGGUUUGACAAUGUUUUGUAUAGUGGAACAAAAGAAAACUGUUGUAAGAAUUGUAGAGAAAAAUUCAAAGCAAAUUGAUAGUACUUUUUUUUUUAAUCGUCACCAUUAUAGAUUGCAAACCUGAAUACAAUGCACUGACAGGCAUCUUCAUUAGCACUUUAUUCUACAUUUACAGAAAUUUCAAUCGAAGCAAAAUCCUGCGUUUUGAUGCAAGCAAAUUGCAAUUUCUCAUUUUUGACUCCAGCAAAACAAUAGCCUUGCAUCAUUUUGAGACAUUUGUUUUUCAUAAUCCAACUUUUUAAAAGUCAAGA